AUGAGCUCUGAUGCCGAGAUGGCCCAGUAUGGGCCGGCGGCCAUCUUUCUCCGCAAGCCUGAGAAGGAGCGAGUGGAGGCUCAGAACCGGCCUUUCGACGCCAGGACAGCCUGCUUUGUGCCGGAUGCCAAGGAACUGUACAUCAAAGGUGUGAUCCAGCAGAGAGACGGUGGCCAAGUCACUGUGAAGACUGAAGCUGGGGAGACUGUAACAGUGAAGGAGGACGAUUGCCAUCCUAUGAAUCCCCCAAAGUAUGACAAGAUUGAGGACAUGGCCAUGAUGACCCACCUCAACGAGCCAUCUGUGCUGUUUAACCUCAAAGAUCGUUAUGCAGCAUGGAUGAUUUAUACUUACUCUGGGCUCUUCUGUGUGACUGUCAAUCCCUACAAGUGGCUGCCGGUGUACGACAUGAAAGUGGUGUCAGCCUACAGAGGGAAGAAGCGCAUGGAGGCCCCACCACAUAUUUUCUCUGUGUCUGAUAAUGCAUAUCAAAAUAUGCUUACAGAUCGUGAGAACCAGUCAGUCCUGAUCACUGGGGAAUCCGGUGCAGGAAAGACUGUCAACACCAAGCGUGUCAUUCAGUACUUUGCGACAAUCGCAGUGGCUAGUGGUGACAAGAAAGACCAAUCACCUGGCAAAAUGAAGGGGACACUGGAAGAUCAAAUCAUUUCAGCAAACCCUUUGCUGGAGGCUUUUGGGAAUGCCAAGACUGUGAGGAAUGACAAUUCCUCACGAUUUGGUAAAUUCAUCAGAAUCCACUUUGGAACAACAGGGAAACUGGCUUCUGCAGAUAUUGAAACUUAUCUGCUGGAGAAGUCAAGAGUGACGUUCCAGUUGACUGAAGAGAGGAGCUACCAUAUAUUCUAUCAGAUCAUGACCGGCCACAAGCCAGAGCUUAUAGAAAUGUUGCUCAUAACAACAAACCCAUAUGACUUCCCCAUGGUGAGUCAGGGACAGAUCACUGUGGCCAGCAUUGAUGACAAAGAAGAGCUGGUGGCAACAGACACUGCCACUGAUGUAUUGGGCUUCACCAAUGACGAAAAACUGUCCAUCUACAAGCUGACUGGCGCGGUGAUGCAUUAUGGGAAUAUGAAGUUCAAGCAGAAGCAGCGGGAGGAGCAGGCAGAGCCCGACGGCACAGAGGUGGCCGACAAAGUCGCUUUCCUCAUGGCGCUGAACUCUGCUGACUUGCUGAAAGGCCUCUGCUACCCCAGAGUGAAAGUGGGGAAUGAGUAUGUCACCAAAGGCCAGACAGUCCCCCAGGUUACUAAUUCAGUUAGCGCUCUGGCCAAGUCUGUCUAUGAGAAGAUGUUCUUGUGGAUGGUUGUAAGAAUCAACGAGAUGCUGGACACAAAGCAGCCCAGGCAGUUCUUCAUUGGAGUGCUGGACAUUGCUGGAUUUGAAAUAUUUGAUUUCAACAGCAUGGAGCAAAUCUGCAUUAAUUUCACCAAUGAGAAGCUGCAACAGUUUUUCAACCACCACAUGUUUGUGUUGGAGCAAGAAGAAUACAAAAAGGAAGGGAUUGACUGGGAGUUCAUUGAUUUUGGUAUGGACUUGGCAGCUUGCAUCGAGCUCAUUGAAAAGCCAAUGGGUAUCUUCUCCAUCCUUGAAGAGGAGUGUAUGUUCCCCAAGGCCUCUGACACUUCUUUUAAGAACAAACUCUACGAUCAGCAUCUUGGAAAAAAUAACGCUUUCCAAAAGCCAAAGGUUGUCAAAGGCAAACCUGAGGCUCACUUCACUUUGGUGCACUACGCCGGCACAGUGGACUACAACAUCACUGGUUGGCUGGACAAGAACAAAGACCCGCUGAAUGAGUCUGUGGUGCAGCUUUACCAGAAGUCACCGAUGAAACUGUUGGCUUUAUUGUAUGCCUCGUUUUCUGGUGGUGAUGAAUCGGGUGGUGAUGCUGGCAAAGGUGGAAAGAAAGGGGCAAAGAAGAAAGGCGGCUCCUUUCAGACAGUGUCUGCAGUUUUCAGGGAAAAUCUUGGAAAACUAAUGACCAACUUGAGGAGCACACAUCCUCACUUUGUGCGUUGCCUGAUUCCAAAUGAGGUUAAAACACCAGGAAUCAUGGACAAUCACUUGGUCAUCCACCAGCUUCGCUGUAAUGGUGUGCUGGAAGGAAUCAGGAUCUGCAGGAAAGGAUUCCCCAGCAGGAUUAUUUACGCUGACUUCAAGCAGAGAUACAGAAUCCUAAAUGCAAGUGCCAUCCCAGAGGGGCAGUUCAUAGAUGGAAAGAAAGCCUCUGAGAAGCUUCUUGGUUCGAUUGACCUCGAUCACACACAGUACCGAUUUGGGUCUACGAAGGUCUUCUUCAAAGCCGGCUUACUCGGUACUCUGGAGGAGCUUCGAGAUGAAAAACUAGCUUCUCUUGUGAUGCAGACUCAAGCCGUGUGUCGUGGUUAUCUCAUGAGAAAAGAAUUCUCCAAUUUAAUUGCACAAAAAGAUUGUGUUUGGAUCCUGCAAUACAACUUGCGUUCAUUCAUGAAUGUCAAACACUGGCCAUGGAUGAAGCUCUUCUUCAAAAUCAAGCCACUCCUCAAGAGUGCUGAAACAGAAAAGGAGAUGGCAACAAUGAAAGACGACUUUGUGAAAUGUAAGGAGGAUCUGGCAAAGUCAGAUACCAAGAGAAAGGAACUCGAGGAGAAAAUGGUUUCUCUGCUGCAGGAGAAAAAUAACCUCCUCCUGCAAGUACAAUCUGACUCAGAAAAUCUUUGUGACGCAGAGGAAAGAUGUGAGGGCUUGAUCAAAAGCAAAAUCCAGCUUGAGGCCAAACUCAAAGAGGUGACCGAAAGACUUGAGGACGAGGAGGAAAUGAACGCUGAGUUGACUGCCAAGAAGCGUAAACUCGAAGAUGAAUGCUCGGAGCUUAAGAAAGACAUAGAUGACCUGGAGAUGACUUUGGCUAAAGUUGAGAAGGAGAAACAUGCCACCGAAAAUAAAGUUAAAAAUCUUUUGGAGGAGCAGUCAGGUCAGGAUGAAAACAUUGCCAAACUGACCAAAGAAAAGAAAGUCCUCCAAGAGGCCCAUCAACAGACACUGGAUGAUUUACAAGCUGAGGAAGACAAAGUCAACUCUCUGACAAAAGCAAAGACAAAGCUUGAACAGCAAGUGGAUGAUCUCGAAGGUUCACUGGAGCAAGAGAAGAAGAUCCGCAUGGACCUUGAAAGAGCCAAAAGAAAGCUUGAGGGUGAUCUCAAACUUGAUCAAGAAUCCAUAAUGGAUCUGGAAAAUGACAAGCAACAAUCUGAGGAGAAAAUUAAGAAAAAAGAAUUUGAAAACAAUCAGCUGCUCAGCAAGAUUGCAGAUGAGCAAACAAUUAACAACCAGCUGCAAAAGAAGCUGAAAGAGCUCAAUGCUCGGAUUGAAGAACUAGAAGAAGAAGUUGAGGCUGAACGAGCGGUCCGUGCAAAGAUAGAAAAGCAGAGAUCUGAUCUCACCAGGGAGAUCGAGGAGAUCAGUGAGAGGCUGGAGGAGGCCGGAGGCGCCACCGCCGCUCAGAUCGAGAUGAACAAGAAGCGGGAAGCCGAGUUCCUCAAACUGAGACGCGACCUGGAGGAAUCCACCUUGCACCACGAGGCCACGACUGCUGCUCUGCGCAAAAAGCAGGCGGACAGCAUGGCUGAGCUAGGAGAACAGAUCGACAACCUCCAAAGAAUCAAGCAGAAACUUGAGAAGGAAAAGAACGAAAUGAAGAUGGAAAUUGAUGAUUUGGCCAGCAAUAUGGAAGCAGUUGCAAAGGCUAAGGUCAAUCUAGAGAAGAUGUGUCGCUCACUUGAGGAUCAACUUAUGGAGUUAAAGACCAAGACCGAUGAAAACAUGCGGCAUAUGUCAGAUCUCACCAAUCAGAGGGCCCGUUUUCAAACUGAGAAUGCCGAACUUUCCCGACAAAUGGAAGAGAGAGAGAGUCUAAUUUCCCAGCUGACCAGAGGAAAGCAGGGAUUUACGACACAAAUCGAUGAGCUGAAAAGACAAGUGGAGGAGGAGACCAAGGCUAAGAAUGCCCUGGCUCACAGUUUGCAGUCAGCUCGUCACGACUGCGAUCUCCUUCGUGAGCAGUACGAGGAGGAGCAGGAGGCCAAAGCUGAGCUGCAGCGCAAUUUGUCCAAAGCCAACAGUGAGGUAGCUCUCUGGAGGAACAAGUAUGAGACUGAUGCCAUCCAGCGUACAGAGGAGCUUGAAGAAGCAAAGAAAAAGCUCGCCCAGCGUCUCCAAGAGGCUGAAGAACAAAUCGAAGCGGUGAAUUCAAAGUGCGCCUCACUGGAGAAAACUAAACAGAGACUUCAAAAUGAGAUGGAGGAUCUCAUGGUUGAUGUAGAAAGGUCCAACAGUGUAGCAGCUACGCUUGACAAGAAACAGAGAAACUUUGACAAGAUCAUAGCUGAAUGGAAACAGAAGUUUGAGGAGUCUCAGGCAGAGCUUGAAGGCGCUCAGAAAGAAUCUCGAUCUCUGAGCACUGAGCUUUUCAAACUGAAGAACUCCUAUGAGGAAGCCCUGGAUCACCUGGAGACGAUGAAAAGGGAAAAUAAAAACCUGCAACAGGAGAUCUCUGACCUGACAGAGCAGAUCGGGGAGACAGGGAAGUCGAUGCAUGAACUGGAGAAAUUCAAGAAGCAGGUGGAGACGGAGAAAUAUGACAUGCAAACUGCGCUGGAAGAAGCUGAGGCCUCCCUGGAACAAGACGAGUCCAAGGUGCUGCGUGUGCAAAUGGAGCUGAACCAGAUGAAGGCUGAAGUGGACCGAAAGGUGGCGGAGAAAGACGAGGAGAUGGACCAGAUGAAGAGGAACAACCAGAGAGUGAUGGAGUCCAUGCAGACCACUCUGGACGCUGAGGUCCGGAGCAGGAACGACGCACUGAGAAUCAAGAAAAAGAUGGAGGGAGACCUCAAUGAGAUGGAGAUUCAGCUGAGCCACGCUAACAGGCAGGCGGCCGAGGCUCAGAAACAACUGAGGAACAUUCAGGGGCAACUCAAGGAUGCUCAAAUCCACCUGGAUGACUGCGUCCGAGGGCAGGAGGACAUGAAGGAGCAGGUGGCCAUGAUGGAGCGCAGAAACUCCUUGAUGCAGGCCGAGAUCGAGGAGCUUCGAGCAGUUGCGGAGCAGGCGGAGCGGAGCCGCAAAAUAGCUGAACAGGAACUGGUUGAUACCAGCGAGCGUGCAGGACUCCUUCACUCACAGAACACCAGUCUCAUGAACACCAAAAAGAAGCUCGACACAGACAUAACUCAGCUUCACACUGAAAUAGAAGAAGCGGUUCAAGAGGCCAGAAACGCUGAGGAGAAAGCCAAGAAAGCCAUUACUGAUGCUGCCAUGAUGGCUGAAGAGCUGAGGAAGGAGCAGGACACCAGCGCUCACCUGGAGAGGAUGAAGAAGAACCUGGAGAUCACAGUCAAAGAUCUGCAGCAUCGCUUAGACGAGGCUGAAAACUUGGCCAUGAAGGGAGGAAAGAAACAGCUGCAGAAACUGGAGACUAGGGUCCGUGAUCUGGAAAGUGAACUUGAAGCGGAGCAGAAACGUGGCUCAGAGGCCAUCAAAGGAGUCCGUAAAUAUGAGAGAAAGGUCAAAGAGUUAACCUAUCAGUCUGAGGAGGAUAAGAAGAACAUCCUCCGUCUGCAGGAUUUAGUGGACAAGCUCCAGAUCAAAAUGAAGGCCUACAAACGACAUGCUGAAGAAGCCGAGGAGCAGUCCAACGUGCAAAUGGCCAGAUUCAGAAAGGCUCAGCAUGAGCUGGAAGAGGCUGAAGAGAGAGCUGAUGUGGCCGAAUCGCUGGCCAACAAGAUGCGAGCCAAGAGCCGUGAAAUCGGCACGAAGGUACUGAAUGUCCUGAUUUUAUAUAAAGACUGUUAA